AAUGAGCUCCGCAAAUCUUGUGUGUUUUUGUGAAGUGGAGGUCGCCGAGAGGCAAGAAAACUCAGGCCCACAUCUCGGCUGCGACCGGCAGCAGCUGAGCAAAGAGGCCCCACAAGCGCGGCCGAGCGACGAGGGAGGAGGUGCUGCAGAGGGCAAGAGUGGCCGGCGCCCGGAACCAUUCGACGAAGAAGACGAUGAGUGUCACGGAAUCGUCGGAAAGCAGCCUGGCAAGCAGCCGAGCAUUUGCACCAGCCACGGGAGCGGUGAAAAUUGGCCGCCUGAAUCGCCUGGAUCGCCGACAGAUGGGCAUGAUGUGGACGAGCGGGGCGAGUGGAGGACAGAGGCGAGGAAGCGUAAAGAGAUGGUUGCUCAUUUCCACGAGGGGGCAGGCAGCAAGUUGGCGGCCUACGAAGAGUUUCCCAGUACCCUUCGAUACGAGACGCGAGUCAACGACAGCGGGGAGGUCGAAGAGAAGCUUGUCGGGAUAGCGUUCACUCCCGAGCCUUUCAUCAACACUGCACGGAGAGUCGCUCGUGUCCUUUUCUUUCAACUUGCAACUGCAUUGGUCUUUGCAAUCGCAUGGGCGCUCUUCUGUCUGGGUAAGACAAAGCCAACUUCACAUGCAAGGAAAGAAGAUGUAUCUGGACGGAUGCCAUCAUGACUGUGCGUUUAUGUAAGGUUGCUGGCCGAUGUGUGAGUACAAGAGCUUCAGUCGCGGGGUGCCGUGGAUAGUACUUGAUUUCCUUCGUGUGCUGCUUAUCUAUGUUGAGUAUACCGCCGCCGCACUCCUAAUGGCCGAAGGGGAUGGAAGACUAGCUUUGCGACGCCUUGUCUCGUGCGGGUGGAUUUUUGUGCCUGGCGGACUCUUUUUGUUUUCAAGGGCGGUGGUGCACCACUUUUUCGGAGGAUUCAGAGUCCUAUACAGAACUUACGUGACGCCCCCCGCGGCGUUUGUCGUCACCUUCCCUUUGGCGUUCAUCUUCUUUCGCUUCAGCGCCCACAGGAAUAAGACCGUUAUGCGGCACAGGAAGAUGAUCUAUUCCUCCCAGCUGACGGUGAUAUUUUCUUCACAACUGUCACUCGCAAUCGUCAUGUAAGUAAAUGCCGAUAUCAACAUUCGAUGUUGGCCUGCCUUUUGUCUUUCUCCGUCAGCCGAAUAUUUCUCCUCCCCCUGGCCACGGGAGACACGACCGAUGGGGAGCGGACACGAGUUGCAUUCGGUUUCCUACUGAUCACGUGGCCAUUCCUUGGACUAGGUACGUUUGUUAUGAGAUGAUGCUGAUGUGGCCGCGACUGCCUAGCCGUUCUUACCAAUCAGUGACGGCCACCAAUCGGGCUAUUCGGGACGGAUCAGCACUGCAGACAGCACCAUGUCUCGCCUUUGGGGCUGUUGCGCAUGCUUUGUUUCCUCGCAUGUAAGCAGCGCCCGAGUGAGAGACGAAUAUACGUGAUCCAUUGUUCUACAGGCUUCAGUCAAAAAUGGCAUUGCUUUCGCCGCAUCAAAUCCUGACAUCUGUCGCUCUCGGGUAAGGUCUGCCUGACAUAUUGGCCCCUGCCAUUCGGUGCUCUGUCCAGGUGCUUCGACCUUUUUACAGACAUCGCGAUUCCAUAUUGUAUGCAAGCAUCGAUAUAUUGCAUUCCAAAUCAUGUCUCUUCACGAUUCUUCUUGCGUGAGCAGGUGUUCUCAUUGGUGGCGCGAGCAGCAGGCUAUUCAUACGACUGGUGGCCCGCUUCAAGCCGAACCAAAGGGAGACGCAAGAUCAGCACGCCGAUGCUGUCGACAUUAUUGCCGUCAGGGAUGAGAGCAACAGCGAUCGAAAGCCCGGCCCUCGACUGAGUCGUCUUUCCACGAGGGCGGCAUCGUACCGCCGCUCGAAGAGUGCGGCAUUCGAUCGCCUCCGCUGCAUGUUAAGCCGCUCGUCGCUUGCAUCCCACCUGAAUACGAUACUUGACGCGCAGUCCAAAUUCGUGACGUCUGGGUACCAUCCCAUGUUCCUUCGUCGACUCAGCGACGUGAGCACUUGAGAGCAUAUGGGGAAAACAACGACGGGAAGAGCCCUGCAUUCCACCCAUGUAUGUCUCCUCUCCCUGUUGAUUGAGUACAGCAAGUCUAUUUGUACGGCCUGGCGGAGCUGACCGCACUGGUACGAACACAGGCAGGGAGGCAGGGAGGCAGGGAGGCAGGGAGGCAGGUAGGCAGGGAGGCGAUGCAUCCGUUCUGUCACCUUACUUACAGAUCUUCUCCAAUUUGUGCUCCAUCAUCUUCGAACAGGUGCUGUGUGUGGACGUGCAGUAUGCACACGUGCCUGAUAUGUGUUUCGUCAUGCAGAUGUUGUCUCCAUCUGGCGAGCGGUUGGCGGAGAGACUGGCCGGCCUGGGGGUCCUUGUGCUUAUCGAGAUGAGCCUCGAAUUCCUACUCUUCUGCGUGAGCUACAUAGCUCUUCAUUAAGCCUCAAACACAAGGGCAAUUCCAUCCAUUCACUAUCUGCCUGGGUGUGGCUGGCUGUCUUGUCUUGGUGCGUUGGAUGCAGUACAUGGUUCGUGUGAUCAAUUUGCCAUUGAUCAGGAGCGAGAGGGAGCCGAAGGCCGUGAGGAUGCGACUCAUGGGCAUGUUCUUCACGGGCAGCAUCUGUGUCGUACACGGUGCCUCACACAUGGUCAUGUUCGUUUUGCAGUCGUUGGACAGAGAGGCAUAUGGCAGUGUGGAACUGCGCGACUACUGUCCGCACGACUCUUUCCUCUUGCGGAGACACAUGGGGGCAUAAUUGAUUGAAAUCAGCCAGCCAGCCAGCGAGUGAGUGAGAUAUCCGUAUGCCGUGCCGUGCUCGGCUAAGUCAAGAAGCGGCCGGCUGUCGCCAAGGUUUUCAUGUCUCAUGUAGGUAGGGCUGAUUUUGGCGAGUGGUGCCCGAGGCCUCACGUACUAGGACUUAAUUGGUUGUAAUUGGCGAGGAAGCGGAGCUUCGGUGUCGAAUCGCUCCAUCUCACCAAUCUCAGUUGUCUGCGUUCGUGCGAUGAGUGAGACUGCUGCAGGCGUUGCACGUCAAUGAGCGGUUCAUCCACACACACACUGUCAAGUCAGUCGGCAAAUAGAGGACAUCCAAAAGUCGUGUCACUACCAUCCAUCCAUCCAUUGCACCCUGCCAUGUGGUUCCUCA